CAGUAGUGCUUUGGCCUUUGCCCGGAUUUGCGAUGGGAAAUGCGAACAUCCGCUUGCGUGAGACGCACAAUUUGUAGUUUUUCGCGAACAUGCCGCUCAAACUGUGACCGAGAAUUCCAAGUCAAUUAAUUCAAAUUUGUGUCUUUCGUAAAAGUUAGUUUUAUACUAGGAUUUUUGGUAUCGCAAUCAAAUUCGAAUCACGUUCCAACUGAUUUCAGAAGAAAUGUGUUACCCCGUGUUAGCGACCAUACAUAAUGUAAUUGCAGCACUUUGGCCUCAUUUAGUCAGUGAUUCAUGAAAAUAACUAUUCAAGUAAAUGCCGAUCUAUAUUCCAGAUUUUUUAAUAGAACAAAAACAUCUUCCAUCAACCAUGACUGAUUACCCUUCGGUGGAAAACUUAUUUCAUCACGGAACGAUCAUUUUAACAAAGGUGGCACGCGUCGUGACGCACUAGGAAUGGAAUUAUAAUAAUCACGAUAUCGUCAACCGAGGGCGUGUUGCCCCAUUUGAGUCGUUUAGACCUUGACAUGCCUCCAAACGAAGAACUAUACAGAUCGAUUUCGCCCACAAGUUCGUCAAUAAUGUGAGAAAAGAGGAUCAUCACCACUUCUGGACCUAAUAAAACAGAUAAACUUCCAAUUCUUUAUAACCCUCUUUCGCGACAAACAUCAACCAUUCACUCCUUAAAAUACUUCUUCCAGUUCGUCAAGGACGCCAUCAAACUGAAGCACCAACAAGAAUACGAUCUCCUCAUAGUCGAUUGCGACACUUUGAUGGAGAAUACUGAAACCGAGGAACCGGGUUGGAGGCCUAAUAAUCCCGACGACGAAUCGGGAUGGAACUGCAGCGUCCACCCGAGCGUGUUUUUCCUCCUGGGGACGCUACUGCUGACAACUUGUGCCACGGGGAUGUUGUGUGCGGCUAUUAUGACCGAUCAUUGGGAAGAGGUUACGUGGGAUCGCACAGCUUUGGAGCAUUUAGCCAAUAGUUCGGUCAGACUGCGAUGGCUUUUAGAUGGGGUCGUUGCCAGAGUCUCCACCAAUGACGAAAGAGACAAGAUCGUGGCCUUUCUGGUGCCAAUGCACGGGGGUAUUUGGACACUGUGUGUGAGUUUGACCGAGGAAGAAAUAUCAUUGUUGGGUCGUGUGGGGUUUCCGUCGGUCCAACCCUGCGUGAACUACCUCUCCGGCGGGAUCGACGGUGUCAAAGGUUACGAACCGCGUGGCGAUUGGCAACACCGAAUGCAAAAUCUAUCAAUAUCUUGCGCGCUGGUGUGCCUGAUAGUCCUGGGGAGCGCGGCCCUCGUGGGGGCUUUCGGCGUGUUCCAGCACCAGAUAAGCGCCGUUUUGGUCACGGGGGUCAUGUACCUCCUCGCGGGGUCGUUCGCCCUUUUCACGUUAACAAUAAUACAUUUUAAGCGAUUGCACGGCAAGCCGGCGAGUAUCGACUCGGACGGCACCGUGGACGGGGUGGUGAGCCCGCUGGGCGGGCGCGGGGUGAACGAGUUACUCCCGGCCCGCAUUUUUACGACGUCCUGGUCGUUAGACCUGGGCUGGGGAGGUGUCAUGUUGUGCGUAAUGACCUCCGUUUUGUGGAUCCUGUUAUCGAAAAUAAUGAGGUUCAACCCCAUUUCCAGCAUGAUUAACUGAGCAAUAACGAGUAAUUGCAAUCAGUACAAAACCGAGAAAUGCUUGCAUCGAAGACCCAAACGUGGUUUUUGUCUAAAUGUCCAAUCGCUGAUUUAGCCGCAAUGCUAAGAAGCCGUCCAAGGUAAUUUAAGUACGUCGACAGUGGACACGCUUCUUACCACAAUUGUUCGCUACUCGUUGCAAGCUGUUGUGAAUCCUUUUAUUACAAUCAUUCGAACUUUUGUAAGUUUGGUACACUACUGGCAAACGGGAGCAAUAAAUGAAUCAAACUUGAGGUUAGGGCGCCUAACCAGAAAUGCGCAAUAAUUGCCUUCGAAAAUGCCUGCAUAUGUUUAUAUUUUGGAACAUUUAUAUUUUUUACUGUUAGACUCGCUUGCCUUUGCUCGCUUUGUAUCAUUAAGGCCUAGUUGUAUAUAUUUUGCGAAAUAAAUAUUUCCAAUGUUACCUUAA